AUGACGUACUUCCCUAGCGGGCUACCUUCAAAAUGGAAGGUAGCCCGCAAGGGAAGACCUUCCUGUGGCUCGAUUCCCUUCAACGUAGACUCGUUUGGAUACUACUUCACGUCCCGAAAACGCUCCGACAAACCGUUUACGAAACCGUCAACUCUUCGUGGAGGAACGUCUGCCUUCCUGUGCCUCGAUUUCCUUCAACGUAGACUCGUUUGGAUACUACCUUACGUCCCGAAAACGCUCCGACAAACCGUUUAUGAAUCCGUCAACUCUUCGUGGAGGCCUUCCUGUGCCUCGAUUUCCUUCAACGUAGACUCGUUUGGAUACUACCUUACGUCCCGAAAACGCUCCGACAAACCGUUUAUGAAUCCGUCAACUCUUCGUGGAGGCCUUCCUGUGUCUCAAUCUCCCUCAAUGUGGACUCUUUUGGAUACUACUACACAUCCCGAAGACGCUCCAACAAACCAUUUACGAAACUGUCAUCCCUUCGUGGAGACCUUCCUGUGGCUCGAUUUCCUUCAACGUAGACUCGUUUGGACACUACUUUCAGUGUAG